AUGGACCAGAUGCAAGAAACUCAAACUGCUGAACAAAUAGUAGAUUUUACUAGUGAUCAAGGAUGCAGCCAAUCAAUCCGAAGCAUGUCGUCACGUCAUCUUCCAAGAAGAAAAACUAGUUUUGAAACACAGGUUGAGAGGGGAUUUCAGCAUGUCAUAGAUACUCGACAAGAAGUUUUCGAAGAACUACGCUCAAGAAAAAUUCAAAAGAUAACAUAUGGUGAUGCAACAUCACUCCUAAAACAGCUACCAAUUGAACAUCUCAGUAUAUCUUGGUGUGGAGCAAAUAAAUGGUUAAAGAAUGAUGUAGAUAUACGUGAACCCUUUGUAAAAUUGGAGAAUGAAGAAAUUAAGAUCAAAUAUAUAGAGAGUUUACUUGGCACAGACAUACAUGGAUUUUCAUGA